AUGCAGCACAUAUACCGGCCAGUUCAAGUCCUCGUGACCAUACCAGCCGUUGCCUAUGUGAUGGUACAGUAUAGCUCCGCUUUGGUGUGGUUCACGGUAGUGGCCACGACGCAAUCAGAAUAUCUCGCCUUGCCCCCCUAUAACUUUGGAACGACAGGCAUCGGACUGUUAAAUUUGCCGCCGUUCAUUGGAUCUGUCCUUGGGUGUGUAUGGGGCGGCCCUGUGAGUGAUUGGUCGAUCAAAUUCCUCGCCCGACGUAAUGAAGGUGUCUACGAGCCCGAAAUGCGGCUUUACAUUUCCCUUGUUCCCGGAAUAGUGGGCCCCGCGGGUCUGUUCCUGUAUGGAUACAGUGUAUCGGAGGGCUUGCCGUGGGUCUUUCCCUGUCUCGGAUCCGGCCUAUAUGGGUUCAGCAUGGCUGCACUCAUUCCAAUCGCCCUUACCUACCUCACUGACUCAUAUAACAAAAUUCUCGGAACCGCUCUGAUCGGGGUGAGCUUCGCCCAAUAUAUGUUUGCGACCAUCAUCAUCUUUGCGCUUGAUUCAUGGAUUAGUAGCAUGGGUUUGUAUAGCACCUUUACGGCUGGGUAUGGGUUCUUGCUGCUCGCCAUGCAACCAUAUCUCCUCAACGAGAGUCUUGAUGGAGCGAUUUCGGAAAAUGUUUCAAGCCAGUUGGCACAAGGAAAUAGGGACGGAGCAGGAGCCAACGACCACGGAGCGCAUGAACAUAAGAGAGAACAACCAGACGACCAGCGUCUGUGGAUUGUCGGAAAAAAGAUUUCUAAUCCAGUUGAAACCUAG